ACGUGGUCUGGCGGCUCUGGAUGGCGACUAACUGGUUUCGCCAUAUAGCAGCCAGUUUUGUGAUCAACGGCUCGGCAAUCGUCGCCGCCCGUUCGGCUCUCGGCAGUUUCACGAAGUGCUCUCUGGGAAUUGGAGUGCCGGAGAGUUACGUGGGGCUUCCUCUCUGGGGAGCACUGAUCGCGAGCGGUGGAGAGAGCCCAGAGAGGGUGGGGCUACACCAGGCGGAGUUGAUCGAAUUAGUCGUGUCUGGAUAUCUCUGGAUGAGCGAUGUUGAAAAAGGGCUCGCCGAAGUGGUGCGAACACAACUAUUGUUUACCAAGAAUUUCACAUGGAAUAGAAAGGGAAAACAACCGAAAGCGAAUACAUUAGAGCUGACGGAGAUCGUAGGAUCCUAGACCAGAAAAACAACAUCAGAUUUGUGCUUUUGCGAUGCGCAAAAGAGUGAUCGUGGACCCCAAGGAACAGACAGAUGGCGCCAUCUAAGGUCAGACAUUGAACCGUCUCAACUUCUUUUAUCUGAGCUGUUGUUGAACUUGGCGAAAUUCCCGGACCCAUCUACAAUGCAAAUCCGACCAACUGCGCAAUGCCUCGGGAUCGGGGAUUAUGCAAACUAUCGUCGAAAUCUGCGCCAAUUUUGUGCAGAACCAUUGAGUUCAUGGCCAACGCCAUGCCAUAUGCGCAUAUUUAUCGUGGAUCCGAUCCGAUUUUCGGUACAGAUCCAAUGCCCCAUACCAGUCGCCAAUCCCAGCGAGAUGCGUACGUCAGUCUGGGUCUGAGUGACAUACAAACCCCGAGUUCGAGUUGCAUUUCUUCUCCUCCUCCUGCGGCUCAAAUGGCAACUGCGUCAGUGGACGGACAGCAGUCGUCAGUUGUCGCAGGCCUCGUCAUUGUAAUGCAAAGCCAUCAUAUGCUAAUUGCUUGGGAAACUGCCGCGAAAUGCAUUGAACUUUUCGUCUGCAGGCGGCAACGUGGCGUAUGAGUAACAAUAGUUUCCCGGGCACGUGAUCAAACGGCCACGAGCCAUUUCCCAACAAAAACCAUUCUGGCUACAAUUGCUAUUCCGGGGCAGUCAAAGUGAUUAAAACUAAGUCGAGCAACUGGCUGGCCGCACUUUACAAUUAUAGUGAUCGAUAAAAAGCAGGAAAGUCCGUAAUGAACAACGCUGGACAACAAGAAUGAGAACAACAAAAUGAAUAAUAUAUUAUUAAUAAAAUAGUAGACAAACCAUCAAAGGUUUUGGUUAAGUUAUAAUCCUAUGGCUUAGACCAAAUAAAUCGUGAAAAUCCAGUUAAUAGUAUCAAACGUAACUUUCAGCUUAACUUGGCUCUAUCAUAAAUGAAGCAUAACUAAUUGAUCCAAAGUAGAGGAUCAUAAUGCUGGGCACACCAAGGUUACCCUACACCCCUUUGGAAUCCCAACCUAUCGCUACCACUGCAUUGAAUUG